GGAGCAGACGUGUCGGCGGGAUUCUAAAAAUUCAAAUAACCAAAUAAAGUUUGUGAACGAGUUCGGUUAUUCUUUGAAAUUAAAUCGCUUAAAGUUUGUUUCGUUUCGCGUUUUGAUGUGCGUGAUUUGCUUUAGACAUCAGAAUGUUAAUUUCGUUUUGGUUUUUCGAGUCUAAUUGAGUUGAUUGACGCACCCAUAAUAAGAUAUAUUUUGAGACAAUGGUACACAAUGUACUACAAACUGCAUGCUGCGUAAUCAUCGUUGUUUUAUGUAUAGAUCGAGGUGACGGAAAGUGGAAGGAAAAAGACAGAGAGACCCUCAGACAUGAUAUUGAACUAUACAAAAGGAUGGCAGAUAAAAUUGAACGUGAAAUCGAAACAUUUUACGAUGAAUAUCCAGAGGAGAAGUUAGAAGAUGACAAUAUUAAUUCAAUGCGUUACAAAUACACUGCAAAAAGUUUUCAAGGGCAGGAAAGUCCAUUACUGAAUAAACUCAAUAUUAAUCUCAAGAAUAUCACUAAUACCGUUUACAACAGUACUAAUGAUAGAAAAAAGUCUACAAAUGACCACAUAAAUGUAAACAAUCACAGUUUUACAACAAAUCUAAGAAAAAGUGAAGACCCAAAAUGGCCGACUUUCGAGGAUAUAUUACUGUCGAUAGGAAAAAAAUACGACUGGAAAAACGAUCGUUGGAUAAAAGUUAAGGAAAAACUCAACAGGCCAACAGUGAGAAUUAAUCGAGAAAAAGCGGAUAGUGAAAAUAGUGUAGAUUUACAUGAAAAACAUAAAUUUAGUUACAGACUUAUUAAAUUGAAUAGAAGUAAGAACAGAAGAAGUGUCGUUGUGGCAGUUUCGGCUGUAAGAUAGAAGAAUCCAGUACAAUAAAACCUAGCAAACGUGUGGUGUAUAUAUAUUUUUUUGUAAAUGGGACCAACAACUGUGGAGCAUAUAACUGUAAUGAAUCCAAAGUUGUUAUCUGAAUUACAAAUCGAUGCCUGGUACUCAUAGCUGUGACUUUGAGGACUUUAGACAAGUUUGUAUGUAUAGGGGUUCUUACCGAAAACGAAACUGAUAAUGUUGGAGAUUCCAGAUACGAUAGGACUAAAAAUUUUACAUUCGUGUUUUUUUUUAUUGUUUUUUAUUUUACUCAUGUCUUUGUUUGUAGCACAAUUAGAUAUUAUUUGACAUGCCGAAUUUAUGGUUUACAAGGAACGCGAGGGGUGAUUGUUAGCUUUCCGCAUUCUAUUGUGGUUUAAUAAAAUUUGAUUCAAAUGAAAACGAUAUUCUCUCUCUUAUCUCGCAACAAUACACAGAGCAAUGAACAGACAAACAAAUUUAAUAAAAAAUAUUAUAUUUUAUUGUUAUUACAUCACAGAGCAUUACGGGAUUAAGUUAGUUGUAGAUAUGACAUUUUAUAUUAAUAUUUAAUUACCGAAUUUUAUUUCAACGCUAUUAGCUAUGUAUGCCAAACGUAUUAUAAAGUGCAUUAUAGGUACUUUUGGAUAUUUUAAUUGAUUCAUCCGUAUUAUAUGUUAACUCAACUGGACACAUAAUUAAGUAAACUAUAUUAAUAUGCGUUAUAAUAACUGUAAUGAUAUUCACACAUAGCUCACAACCAUAUAUGCCAUAUCGGAUUUCAAUUGAGUCGACUACUAUCAAAGCCGGCAAUGUGACUUUUUGACAAUUAUUGGUAAAUCAGAAAAACGAAUUACUGACUUUGUAUUCCAUUGGCAGUCACAAAACUCUU